AUGGAAGAGGAGCUCAAGUGCCCGGUGUGCGGCUCGCUGUUCCGGGAGCCCGUCAUCCUGCCCUGCUCGCACAACGUCUGCCUGCCCUGCGCGCGCACCAUCGCCGUGCAGACCCCGGACGGCGAGCCGCAGCUGGCCGCGCCCGCCCCGGAGCCCGAGGCGGCGGCCGGCGGGACCGGCAGCGGCGCGGAGCACGCGGACAAGCUGAGCCUGCACAGCGAGACGGACAGCGGCUACGGCUCCUACGCCCCGAGCCUCAAGUCCCCCACCGGGGUGCGCGUGCUGCCCGCGGUGCCCGCGCCGGCCGCGGCCCGGGCCGCCGCCUGCUCCUCGCUGCCGUCGGCCUCGAGCUCCAUCACGUGCCCGCAGUGCCACCGCAGCGCGUCCCUGGACCACCGCGGCCUGCGCGGCUUCCAGCGCAACCGGCUGCUCGAGGCCAUCGUGCAGCGCUACCAGCAGCGCCGCGGGGCCGCGCCGGGGGCGUCCGCGGCCGCGGCCGUGGCCACCUGCCAGCUGUGCGACCGCACCCCGCCCGAGCCGGCCGCCACGCUGUGCGAGCAGUGCGACGUGCUGUACUGCGGCGCCUGCCAGCUCAAGUGCCACCCGUCGCGGGGGCCCUUCGCCAAGCACCGCCUGGUGCAGCCGCCGCCGCCGCCCGCCGAGGCCACCCCCGCUGUCCCCAGCGCCGCCCAGGGCGCCCCCAGCGGAGGCGGCGGCUGCAGGAGCCCCGGGGGCGCGGGGGCCGGAGCGGCCCGCAAGUUCCCCACGUGCCCCGAGCACGACCUGCAGAACUACAGCAUGUACUGCGUGAGCUGCCGGGCCCCCGUGUGCUACCUGUGCCUGGAGGACGGCAGGCACGGCCAGCACGAGGUGAAGCCGCUGGCCGCCGUGUGGAAACAGCACAAGGCACAACUAUCCCAGGCCUUGAAUGGAGUUUCAGAUAAGGCCAAAGAAGCGAAGGAGUUUCUGGUGCAGCUCAACGACAUCCGGCAGCAGAUCCAGGAAAACGGACUGGACUACGAAGCCUGCCUGGUCGCCCAGUGCGAUGCCCUGGUCGAUGCUCUAACUCGGCAGAAAGCCAAGCUGCUCACCAAGGUGACCAAAGAGAGGCAGCACAAGCUGAAGAUGGUUUGGGACCAGAUCAACCACUGCACGCUGAAGCUGCGCCAGUCCACGGGGCUGAUGGAGUACUGCCUGGAGGCGAUCGAGGAAAACGAUCCCUCGGGGUUCCUGCAGAUCUCAGACGCUCUGAUCAAGCGUGUCCAGGUGUCUCAGGAGCAGUGGGUCAAGGGUGCCCUGGAGCCGAAGGUGUCUGCAGAGUUUGACCUGACCUUGGACAGCGAGCCGCUGCUGCAGGCCAUCCACCAGCUGGACUUCAUCCAGAUGAAAUGUAGGGUGCCGCCCGUGCCCCUGCUGCAGCUGGAGAAGUGCUGCACCCACAACAACAGCGUCACGCUGGCCUGGAGGAUGCCACCCUUCACCCACAGCCCCGUGGACGGCUACAUCCUGGAGCUGGAUGACGGGGACGGGGGGCAGUUCCGGGAGGUGUAUGUCGGGAAGGAGACCCUAUGCACCAUCGAUGGCCUCCACUUCAACAGCACCUACAACGCCAGGGUCAAGGCUUUCAACUCCUCUGGCGUCGGACCUUACAGUAAGACCGUUGUCCUGCAGACGUCCGACGUGGCCUGGUUCACAUUUGACCCCAACUCUGGGCACCGGGACAUUGUCUUGUCCAACGACAACCAGACAGCCACCUGCAGCAGCUAUGACGACCGGGUGGUGCUGGGCACGGCCGCCUUCUCCAAGGGCGUGCACUACUGGGAGCUGCACGUGGACCGCUACGACAACCAUCCCGACCCCGCCUUCGGGGUGGCCAGGGCCAGCGUGGUCAAGGACAUGAUGCUGGGCAAAGACGACAAGGCCUGGGCCAUGUACGUGGACAACAACCGCAGCUGGUUCAUGCACUGCAACUCUCACACCAACAGGACAGAGGGUGGCGUGUGCAAGGGGGCCACGGUGGGCGUGCUGCUGGACCUGAACAAGCACACCCUCACCUUCUUCAUCAAUGGGCAGCAGCAGGGCCCCACGGCCUUCAGCCAUGUGGACGGGGUCUUCAUGCCGGCCCUCAGCCUCAACCGCAAUGUGCAGGUCACCCUGCACACAGGAUUGGAAGUGCCGACAAGCCUGGGGCGGCCAAAGCUGCCAAGUAACUAG